AUGGCUCCCAAGAAGAAGGAAGCGAAGCAGACGAUGUCCCUCGGGGCCUUCUUGCAUGAUGAGAACUUCGGUGGAUCGUGGGCCGACGAGGUCGAGGACACCAUUGGAUCCCAGCCUCUGCCAUCGUCCGGAGCACGUACUGGAUAUUCCACCUACGGAUCAAGCAGCGCUGAUCGACCCAUGUACUCUACUCGCGAAUACCCUACUCAACUCCCUACCCGGCCGCCCUACACCGCCCACUUGGGCAACCUAUCCUAUGAAGCGAACAGCGAGAGCGUCACCGACUUCUUUGCCGAUUGCGAGAUCACUAGCGUGCGAAUCAUCGAAGACAGAAUCGAGCAACGACCGAAAGGCUUCGCAUAUGCCGAAUUCGCCAGCCUCGAUGGCCUCAAGAAGGCCUUGACCCUCGAUGGGACAAGCUUCGAUGGACGAACCAUCAAGGUCCGAAUUGCUGAUCCGCCCAAGGAUCGCGACGGCCGCAGUGGUGAUUCUGCCCGUGAUCUCAGCAGCUGGGAGCGCAAGGGCCCCCUGAUGGACAUGCCUUCCCGCAGUAACGAUCGUCGUCCUACUGAGUUUGGUGGUGAGCGUCGUGGACCGCCUCGAGAUGGGCCCGUUGAUGAUGGCAAGGUCCGAGACUUUGGAAAUUGGGAGCGCAAAGGCCCGCUGUCACCUGUUGCCCAGCCCGAACGCUCAGCAUCACGAGAAGGCGGCCGACCGCGAACCAACGACGGCAACCGAGCCGACUCUUUCCGAACCGACCGGAAGCCUUCUCCCGCCACCUGGGGUGAAGGCCGACAGGAAGGAUCCCGACCUCCCAGAGAAUUCAGAGAUCGACCAGAGCGUUCAGAGCGCCCUGACCGGCCAGACCGCCCCGAGCGUGCUCCAACUGCUGCCGAGAAGGAUAACCAGUGGCGUAGCAACAUGCGACCUGACCGCGCCGCCAAGUCCCCCGAGCAGUCCCGUGACGGUAGCGAGGCACCACCCUCACCGGCUGGUUCGGGCCCUGCCGCUCCUGCUGCUCCUGUGGGCCGCCCAAGGCUCAACCUUAUCAAGCGAACUGUGUCCGAGGCGCCCGACGUUACAUCCCCUGGCCUGUCAUCUGCAGGUGGUGAUGCUAAAGCGAGCCCCUUCGGCGCUGCCCGUCCUAUUGAUACGGCAGCAAAGGAGCGUGAAAUCGCAGAUAAGCGAGACCAGGCUGUGAAGGAGAAGAAGGAAGCUGAUGACCAGGCGAAAGAAGAGCGACGCCUAGCCAAGGAAGCUGCAGCAAAGGAGGCUGCAGAGAAGGAAGCUGCCGACGCUGAGAAGGCAAAGGCCGACGCAUUGAAGGAAAAAACCGAGGUCCCUGCAGAGGUGAAGGAAGAACCAAAGGAGACCAGCGCAGAAGAACCUGGCGCAAAAGAGCAGAAAAUGCCAGCCAGACCUAAGCAAGGUGUCGAGAACCCCAAAUCCAGAGCAAACGACAGUGGAAACUGGAGAACAGCAUCGGGAGAACAGCGUCAAGGACGUGGUGGGUAUGUCAACGCCCCACGCGGCCGUGGCGAUGCUCGAGGACGCGGUGCUCCACGGGGUCCACGGGGUAACAUGGAAGGCAGACCUCCCCGGGCAAAUGGCAGUUCCCCUGUUUCCACUACGGCUACGGGUACUGCGUCUGCGCCGCAGCAACCAGCAGCGCCCGCAUCUGCUACCUCUGCUACAUCACCUGGCCCCGAUGCUGAGGAAGCUCCCAAGGAGCCCGAUGGUUGGACUACUGUGCCGCCCAAAGGCCGGCGGGGUGGCCGCGCUUAG